UGCUCCUAGGUAGACAUGUCUGCGGUUUGAUCAAACGGAAGCAAUACAAAUCGUUGUUAUCGAUACUAUCGCGAUAAACUACAGUAAUUUGAGGUGCUCUUAAUACUUUUAUGGAGUUCAUGGACAGUAUUGUGGAGAUGCUGUUUACCUCCUCGGAGGAGGAACUUUAUAUUUUGGACUGUCUCUCAUAUUUAAUGAUGCUCUUGGCUCUUCUGACAGGUUUGACUUUGCUCUUUGAGAAUGUACCUUACGGCAGGUACACCUCGAGUAAAUAUGGGUUUCCGGUGAAUGUUAAAGUGGCUUGGUUUGUUCAGGAGCUCCCUGCUUUGCUUGUGCCUGUGGGUUUAAUAUUCUGGGCUUCAGCCUUGAAGAUAUCACACCUACCUAACCAGCUUCUUCUAUGCAUGUACUUUUGCCAUUAUGUUCAAAGGUCACUCGUAUAUCCGUUUUUAAUCCGAGGAGGAAAGCCUACACCGUUUGCAUCAUUUGCUCUGGCAUUUGUCUUUUGCAUUUAUAACGGAUAUCUGCAAGUGAGAUACCUGAGCCAGUAUGCAGACUUCCCUCAGGGUUGGGUUUCCCAUCCCUGCUUUAUCACAGGCUCCUGUCUGUGGCUUCUUGGAUGGAUAAUUAACCUUCAUUCUGACCAAAUUCUGAGGAACCUGCGCAGUCCAGGAGAAACGGACUACAAGAUACCCAGAGGUGGCGUGUUCGAGUAUGUGUCCGGUGCGAAUUUUCUGGGUGAGAUUGUGGAAUGGGCUGGAUUCGCUCUGGCCGCUCACUCUGUCCACAGCUUCGCCUUCGCUUUCUUCACCUUCAUCGUUCUCUCCAGCCGGGCUAUCUCCCACCACAAGUGGUAUCUCAAGAAAUUUGAGGACUACCCCAAAUCAAGAAAAGCUCUGAUUCCAUUUGUGUUGUGAAGAAAUAAGAAUAUAAAACUCAUUGACUGUUUGCGACCGAAAACACUGCAGAAAUGUAAUCAUUUGAGAAUCACUACAGGCACAGAGCCCAAAUUAAUAUCGAUGAACUCGCACAACAAAAACCUUAUUACAAUCCUAAAUUCAUUGUAGCCUCUUUCUCAUUCGGGUGAGUAAUACCCUUAACACUGUCAAAUCGGGAAAAAAAAAGUUUUAACACAAGUUAGGAAACUAAUUCUUCUCAAAAAGAUUAACUUUUUUUUUUUUUUUUUUUUACAAUUUACAUUACAAAAAAUCUGUGUGAAAUUAAGUUUGUCUCUCAACGGUGACAUCCUCUAAAUCUCUGAUGUCGUUAUCACAUAAAUGAGGAUGGGUUCCAUUUUGAGUCUUGUUCCUCUCAAGGUUUCUUCUUCAUACCAGGUAGUUUUUUUCUUUACCACUGUUGACACUGGCUUUCUCAUUAGGAAUAAAAUUAUAGGGUCUAAUUUUAAACAUUUUAAAUGUAUUGUAAUUUUUAUUACUUAAUACAAAAUACAUACGUUAUUACGAUUAUUUCGAUUUGUUUUAGUGUAUUUUUUAUUGUUUAUUUGAUAGUAUUUAUAGCUCAUACAUCAUUAUGAGAUAUGCGUAUUCAAUAACGAACACAGUAACAAUUUACGAACAAAUUCCUGGUACGAACGUUUGUUUGGAACGUAAUUUGUCCGUAAGGUGAAGAGCGUCUGUAUUUCAAGAACAUAGAUUAAAAAGUGUUAUAAAAAUUUAUCUUUUGCAGAUUGCUAGCAGAAGAAGAAAAACUUUGGUCCUGCUUUUCAAAAUAAUAUAUUGAUAGGGUUUGUCAAAGCACAGGUCCUCAAAGCCGUUAGGACUUGUGGACUGAGGCAGGUUGUGUUCACCUCAUUGACCGGAGGUUUGCUUCAUUCCCAUGACAGAUAUAGUGUAUUGGGUAUUCUCCAAUAUCUAUGCUAAUUGUGUGUGUCUCAGUUCAUUGCAGUUCAACAUAACAUGGCAUCUCGCUAGCAUUUUAUAGGCUUAUUACCACUUUUUUGAACGGUUGAGGCACUUGCCCAGUUUGGAACCUCCUCUUGUACUAGCUCUCUGUGUGAUGCUGCAGAAAAAUGGGUAUCUCUGCUAUCUUGUGACAUCUUCAGCUAAGAGUUGAGAAGUUACAUGUUUUUGAAUAAACUUUAAAUAUGUGUUGCCA